AUGGAGGAUGACGAGUUUUUCAACUGCGGCCGUGGCAGCGUCUUCACUACAGCGGGCACUAUCGAGAUGGAAGCUUCCGUCAUGGUAACCUCUCUCCGGGGUGACGGCCAGUCCUCAAGCACAAUGAAACGCGGAGCCGGCGUGAUGGGCGUCAGGAAUGUUCGUCAUCCGAUCCGCCUUGCACGCGAGUCGCUUCUACGCACAGGGUAUAGCGUUGACGGCCAGCCCAUCCGAGAUGGAGGCAGUAUGCAUUCACAACUUGCAGGACCACAGGUAGAAACAUUGGCCCGUGAUUGGGGACUUGAAUUCAAGCCUGAUGACUGGUUUUGGACGCAGCGGCGUUGGGACGAGCAUCGGCGUGGAUUGGAGGGGUUGGAGCAGCCGAUUCAUUUGAGCCAGGGCACAGUGGGAUGUGUCUGUCUAGAUCAGUGGGGGAAUUUGGCUGUUGCGACGAGUACUGGUGGUUUGACGAAUAAGUUACCAGGUCGAAUUGGGGAUACGCCGACUCUGGGUGCUGGUUUCUGGGCGGAGGCUUGGGAUGAGGUAGUUGAGGAUGAAGCGAUUGCUACAACUUCAUCCGGGUCCUCGUUGGCUGAAAUUUUUGAAGAAGCGAGGAGCUGGUUUGGCGACUGUCUGCCAUCGCCUCUUCGCGGAGUCACUUCGUAUAGCACACCGCCUCGACUUGGCCCGGGCUCUGAGAAGCAGUCACUAAUUCAUCAAAUGUCAUAUCAGCCCCGAACAAGGAAGCGAGCAAUUGCUAUUUCCGGCACGGGCAAUGGAGAUUCGUUCUUACGCGUAGCUGCUGCGCGGACCACGGCCGCGAUGCUACGUUUCUCAACACCAGGACGAUUUCCGGAUUCGCUCGCCGAUGCUAUUUCUGCGGUUGCGGGGCCGAAUGGGGAGCUUCAGCGCUCGGCUGGUCCACGCUGGGACAUUACUGGAGAAGGACAAGGGGGUAUUAUCGGUAUUGAGGCAGAUCUGACUGCUGAAAGUGGCGAUGGAUCACUACGACGUGGAAAGGUUGUCUUUGAUUUCAAUUGCACUGGGAUGUGGCGUGCAUAUAUUGAGGAAGAUGCUUCUGGGAGAGAAGUUGAGAAGAUUAUGGUGUUCCGAGAUGAUUACUACCAUCAGCAAUAUUAG